ACGCGAGGCGGCCGGAGUCCCUGGGCGGCCCCAGUACCACGGCCUAGACGGAGGGGUCACCCUCGGGAGGGCCGCGGCGCCGGCUCAGCGGGGCAACUUCGCGGUGCUUGUUCUGCAGGAAAAUCCCCACCAGUGCCCGGACCCGCGAGAUCGUGAUGGUCUCCCCAGAGUCGGGAGACGAAUGCCUGUGUGGGGUAGAUGGGUGAGGUGAAGGACGGGCACACAGUGCCGGAGAACGCACCUGAGCCGUAAUGGCCAGGGCUGACCGGUGGGUGCUGUGGUGGGAGCAUCCCGGUAGCGAGGGCGAGACGCGGUGCGGAAAGGAGCUGUGGAUGUGCAUACAGGUGCCCGUCAUGUAUGACUCAGAUGUCCCUGGACGAACAUACAUACAGGAUGAACCCCUUGCAUUUCUGGGUUUAAAAAAAGUUUUUAUUUUUUAAAAAAAGACAAACUGGUGACCGAGGUCGCUACCGGCUAGGGGUUCUGUUUGGCCUGAUCUGUUUGAAAUUUUUACCAUUUGCUUAUAUGCUAUGUAUUUCCUCCACCCACCCCGACGACAGCAAAGCCAGCCCACAAGUUUGUUUUGUUUUUGCCUAGUGAUUCAGAUUUCUUUGGGGGAGAUUUGUUGUUGAUAAACAAAACAUCGUGCUUAUUUCCUGCCUUGCCAAGCAUUGGCCAAUAUAGACUGUAGAAUCUAUUACCCUAAUGGAACAGCCUGGCAUUGUAGAAGACGAAAUUUGCAUGAAAACACACAGGCAUUUUCCAUGAAAAGGUGUGAGUGGGGGAUGAUUUGAUCGAUAACGGUGUGUGCAUUUACUCCUUCAUUAAAAGUGUUUAUUAAGUGCUUCUUGUGGGCAGCGGUCUUGAGUAGACAGUUAUGCUAUCAUUAGAGGUGAGGAUUAUGAAGACUAAGUGGAAAAAUGCUUCCAGUGUGGAGUUAAACGGAGAAAAUCAACAGAAUACAAAUAGCUUCUGCGAGGUGAUUACAGUUCUGGGAGGAAGAAGGCCCAGAAGCACACCAAAUACUGACAGUGGCAUGUGGGCACAUUCCAUGACAGUACAGGAUUAUCAGGAUCUCAUAGACCGAGGAUGGCGAAGAAGUGGAAAAUAUGUGUACAAACCUGUCAUGAAUCAAACAUGUUGUCCUCAGUACACAAUAAGGUGCCGACCUUUACAGUUUCAGCCUUCAAAAUCUCACAAGAAGGUUUUGAAAAAAAUGUUGAAAUUUCUGGCUAAAGGGGAGAUUCCCAAAGGAAGUUGUAAGGAUGAGCCCAUGGAUUCCACAGUGGAUGAUGCUGUUGUGGGUGACUUUGCAUUGAUAAAUAAAUUGGAUAUACAGUGUGAUCUUAAAACGCUCAGUGAUGACCUCAAAGAGAGUUUAGAGAGUGAAGGAAAAAACUCCAAGAAAGAAGAACCUCAUGAAUUACUUCAGUCACAAGAUUUCGUAGGAGAGAAGUUGGCCUCUGGUGAACCAUCACAUUCAGUUAAAGUUCACACAGUUCCUAAGCCAGGCAAAGGGGCUGAUUUGAGUAAGCCUCCCUGUCGAAAAGCAAAGGAAAUCCGGAAAGAAAGGAAAAGGUUAAAACUCAUGCAGCAGAACCCAGCUGGAGAACAUGAGGGUUUCCAGGCUCAAGGUCAGCCACCAUCUUUGUUUCCAGCAAAGGCUAAAUCCAACCAGCCCAAAGCACUUGAAGAUUUAAUUUUUGAAUCUUUACCAGAGAAUGCAUCACACAAGUUAGAGGUGAGGGUGGUGAGAUCAUCUCCACCAAGUUCGCAGUUCAAAGCCACACUUCUGGAGUCUUACCAGGUCUAUAAACGUUACCAGAUGGUUAUUCACAAGAACUCACCUGAUACGCCAACUGAGAGCCAGGUGAGGUUAGUACCUGUCUCCUUUGAGGACCCAGAGUUCAAGUCGUCCUUCAGCCAGUCCUUUUCUUUGUAUGUCAAGUAUCAAGUGGCCAUACACCAGGAUCCGCCUGAUGAAUGUGGGAAGACUGAGUUCACAAGAUUCCUUUGCACUUCACCUUUAGAGGCAGAGACUCCCCCUAAUGGGCCAGAUUGUGGCUAUGGCUCAUUUCACCAGCAGUACUGGCUUGACGGAAAGAUCAUUGCUGUGGGGGUGAUUGACAUCCUCCCAAACUGUGUAUCAUCUGUAUAUUUGUACUAUGAUCCUGAUUAUUCAUUUUUGUCUUUGGGCGUCUACUCUGCACUACGAGAAAUUGCUUUUACUCGGCAACUCCAUGAGAAAACUUCUCAGCUCAGCUAUUAUUAUAUGGGUUUCUACAUUCAUUCAUGUCCCAAGAUGAAAUAUAAGGGUCAGUAUAGACCUUCUGAUUUGCUGUGCCCUGAGACAUAUGUUUGGGUGCCCAUUGAGCAAUGCCUGCCUUCACUUGAAAACUCCAAGUACUGCCGUUUCAACCAGGACCCAGAAGCAGUGGAUGAAGAUCGCAGUACAGAACCUGAUCGAUUGCAGGUGUUUCACAAGAGAGCCAUUAUGCCUUACCGUGUUUAUAAGAAACAUCAGAAAGACCCAAGUGAGGAGGCCGCUGUUCUGCAGUAUGCAAGCCUGGUGGGGCAGAAGUGUUCUGAGCGGAUGCUGCUGUUCAGAAACUGACCUGUCGCCUCUGCUGGGGAGUUCCUGUGUUGUGCUGGUGAUUUGUGCCUGGAUAUAUAUUCAGUACCUGUGGGGAAAUAACUGUCACCACCCACAAAUGAGACAUUUUUUAUUUUGACUAUCUAUGGCUUUUAAAAAAUAUUUUGUGGCAAUGUAUCUGUGAGAAUCUCAUGGUUAAUAUAAAGAUUUUAAAACUGUGUUGUGACCUAGCCCCCAUAACUGGGGUUUAUCAUUUUGGAGGUUUCGUUCUAGAGCAAGAUAUGUUCAAAAUCUCCUGUUUAUAUUUUGUAAAACGAAGAAGUGAAUCUAAGUAACUGAAUCACAGUUGUGUGUUGUUUUGGUUCUGUUAGAGAAAUUAAAACAGACUGUUUCCUAAGGCGCAUUUCAAACAUUAGCUUAUGCUAGGAAACCUUAAGGAUGGGGAAGGUGGAAAGUUCAUUUCAUCACUUAGAAAAUAUGUCUUCUCAAGAACAGAACUGUGUGCUGUUAUUCAGUGUUCAAUAUUAAAUUGCUGCCAAAUGUUAUGUAGUUUAAUAGAGAACUUGAAAAUAAAACAUUAAAAAUGAUCUUGUGUUAACAUCGGUGUCAUUUGUUCAGGACAGUCCUGUUCAUGUCAGUUGCCUUGGCAUGGUUUUUUCCCCCUAGAAUGUAGUACUCCCUUUUACUCUAAAAAACCCCCACUUGGGACAAUAAAAUACCGAAUUGCUCUA